AUGGGCGUGCUGCGCCCUGUGCUGGAACCUUUCUUUUGGGCUUUGUUUUCGGUGACCGCCCUGGAGCCUCUCUCAAGGUUCUUUGAAUGCAUGCUCUUGGCUGCAACCCGGCCAACCUUGAGCAUCAAGCGACCUCAUUGCCUUACGAUGCCUUACGUCACAGUCCAUGGCAAACCGGCCGAGAACCAGCCCAACACGGCGGUUCCAAGAGAGCAUGAGGUGGAAUUGCAGGACCUACGUGCUGAGAACCAGCGUCUCAAUGAAGAGCUGCGCCGCUUACGUGGUGAAGUGCAACACGAAGUGCCGCACCAUUCAUUGCCUUACAGUGCCACCGAUUUGCGUAUGGCAGCCGCACAUCCAGAGCCAGACCCGCCACAUGUGGCAUCUGCCGCUACGUUGAUCCAUGGCGACAACCAAAACCCUUUGGUUGAAGUGGUCAUCCAUGGUGCCGGUGGCCUUCCAGAGGCACUCCUUCAAGCAGCCGAUGGUUCCACCUGCCAACUUUGCACGACCUUCGGUUUCGAGGAUGCCAAGAGUGGUUGGCUGCCGCUGCAACGUGAUGCGUGGAUGAGUGCACCAAAUAUGGUUGGUGCCAGCGAACAGACCUGGGAGGCUGUCUUGACCCGGCCGUGCCGUCUUUGCCUUCAAGUGGCCAGCACAUUUCUCUCAGAUGAUGAACUCUUUGUCGAGUUGCACCUCCCUGGGCGAAAGGUGGCUUUGGCUUGUGCUUCUGUGAAGCUGGGCUCGCAACGGCAGAAGUGGGCCUUCGACAGGGGCGGAUUCCUGGACGCAGAAGUCCUCGUGAACGGAGCCCACAGCGUGCCAAAGAUGGUUGCCAGCGAGAAGGCGAAUACCAGAGCUUGGUCCAUUUUGACAUGUGUUGGCUUCUUAAGAUCUAGAUAG